AUGUCACGAUCAUUCACGGGGUGCAAGAGGUGUAAGGCACGGCGUCAAAAAUGUGACGAACAGCGACCAGCGUGUGGCCGAUGCAAUGCGGCCGGGGCACAGUGCCGGUAUGCGAUGCAGCUUCAGUGGGGAGGACGGGCCUUCUCGCGAUCGAGAUUUGGGGCAUGUGUGGGAAAUGGAGGCAUGCAGAAACUCGAGUACUCCCCUGGGGAGUUUAUCUAUACCACCAAUUCCGCCAAUGCGCUCCCAAGCCUGACCUUCACGCAACCCGUCGAUCCGUUUUCUUCGCUCUCCUCUGACCACAAGUCCUUGAUCCAUCACUUUAUCAAUGACGCCUCUCAGAUCACCGCCUGCCACUCGGGCAUGCAACGGGAUAUUUGCAAGAUGCUCAUUCCCAUGGCUCUCCAGACUCCCUCGUUACUGUAUGCGACCACCGCUCUCUCCGCGAUCCACCUACAAGCAUUGCACAAUCAGUCAGAAUCCGUCAAGUCGGCACCGGAUAUAGCACGAUUUAUGGCACUAAGUCUAGAGCAUUUUCGGAAGGAACUUCAGAAUCCCGCCAACAGAGGUUCGGAUGCGCUUUUGGCCACGGCACGGACACUCUGCCUAGCGGAGAUUCAUUCGGGGGCUAUACAUCCAAAUUCAUGGCGAGCUCAUAUCGAGGGAGCAAAGGCGUUGAUGGGAGCGUCAGAGGAUAACGGGGUGGAGUCGCCUCGAUCAACGGAUGGAUUCCGCAGGUAUCUGAAUCGGUGGUAUCGGUCCAUUGUCUCGCUGACAGCAUUGACGGGCAACGGGCCACCGAUAGGAGAAGUUGUGGACAACUCAAGUUUGAGCGUCAUCAUUCAACAGGAUUCGCCUGAUUAUCUUGACGAUUACUGGGGAUUCACAGUCGACCUUGCGGCCAUCUUCCGCGGGAUUGGUGCGGCAGCCUGGAGAAGUCAUCUGGAAAGCCAGGGCCAAUUCUUUGUCCAGGAGGGUGACAGCAGCAUUUUGGAUGAAGCUGCAUCUCUGGAGUCAUUGUUACGAAGCCUGAUGGCUCGUGAUGGUUCGCAACCUGCCUUCUACCCAGGGGUUGUGGAAGGGUUGACAGCAAAAUCUAUCCAUGAAUUCAUGCUCUGCAACGAGGCGUUUCAGCACAGUGCCCUCAUCCAGAUUCAUCGCCGAUUACGAAAAACCCCGACAUCCUCUGCGGCCGUGCAGCAAUCGGUCAAAAGAAUUCUAGAAUGUACGACUGAGAUCGGACCAUCCGCAGGCCUUAGUCCAUGGGUGAUGCUCACGACACCGUUAUUCAUUGCCGGGUGUGAGGCAUAUGGCGAGGACCGGGAGACGGUGAGGCAAUUGCUUGCCUCGUUGCACGAUACCAUCCGGGUGCCAAAUGUUCUUCAAUCUCUCAAGUUCCUCGAACAAUACUGGGCGAACCAAAUCAGCGAGGAGGAGGAUUGGAGUCAUUUUCUAGAUACUUCCUCGUUCGUGCAUGAGGACCACCACCACUACGACCACCGCGACAAUUCAGUCGACUACGGAUCUCAGUUUUCGAAUGGAACCCCGAUCCACAGUCGUCUCGUCAGCGAACCUUUUAUCCCGGUACUUAAUUCCCCUCCGGUAAGCCUUAAGCGGGCUACCAUGGCGUUACAUCCAGCCAACAACCAUCACAACAACCGCCCACCACCUCUGCGGAUUGACUCCAAUGGUCGUCAGAUGUCCGCAAGUUCUGCAGACUCUAAAAACCCCAAGACCCCCGGAAACAAGAUCAGUUCCUUCUUCGGCUGGAAAGGCGCUACCUCCCCUGGCGCAGAAUCCUCCAGUACCGAAAUCUCGGAUGGCGGCCGUUCGCCAUUACCAUCCCCCAUGCCUCCCUCAUUACCUAGUGCUUCCUUUUCUAUCACCCCAGCUACCACAAUCCCCAUCGAUAUGUCCACCAAGUACUCUUCCCCAAUCCGGAAUCCAUCUCUGAGCAGUGCUAGUGUCCUGGACCAAGGUAACUCUAAAAUCAACGAGCUUGAAAAUGAGUUGCGGGAAAUCAGCUCCGAGUUGGCGGGUUCCAUUCGGAGGGAAAUGGAGCUGGAGGAUCUCGUCGAAAGACUCCAGUCUGAAAUGCCAAUGGAAGCCAAUCGGCGCACCAGUGAUUACUUCUCGGAUUCAGGAACCAGUUCAAUCCGCUAUGCUUACGAAUCGGGUGGACGGGUUGAGGAUGUUGAGAAGUUUAAGAGAACGGCGGAGCAGGAGCGCGCGCAACUCAAGGUCGACCUUUCCAACAAAUGGCAAGAGGAACGAUCUCGCCGGACAGCAACCGAGUCGCAUGUCCAGAUCUUAGAAGGGCAAGUUCAACAGCUCCGCCGCGACAGAGCAGAGCACUCUGAUUUGUCUUCCAGAAACAAAGAACUCGAGAGUGCGCUGGAAGGUACUCGUAGGAAGCUGGCGGAGGAGAGGCAAAUCAAAGACAACUUUGAGGAUCUUCUCACUGCAAUGAGAGUGGAAUUGGAACAGCUCCGAAAUGAGCGGGAUCUCCUGCGUGAAGGUGUAAUGCCCCCAUCACAAGACGACCAGGGGGGUCUCGAUUCUUCCGAGACGGAGCGGCUACUGGGAGAAAUCGAAGCCCUGAAGAUUGAGAACGCCUCUCUGGCUCAACUACAGACUACGAGAUUCGCGUCAAUUGCGGAAGAAAAUGGCUCUUCGAGUCGACGAAGCUCGGGGCUGGGUCUGUCACGGUCAAACUCGCUGGCGCGGAUGCCCACCAAACCCAGUGGCUUGUCCCGGUCGAGCUCUCUGUCGAGGUCCAAUUCCGUGUCUGGCAAGGAUCGUGAGAACCGCGAAUCAUUGGCAGAUCGGGUGAAGGAUGUCGAAGCGCAGCGUGAUGCACUCCACCAGGCUUUGCGAAGCCUGCUGAAUCGUCAAGCUUACGAGGCUCGUCGGUUUGAAAAGCGCACCAGGCUCUUGGAGUUAGAAUUGGAGCGUGCGCAACAGGCAGGCUCCCCAACAAAACUGGGUUAUGAAAGAGAAGUUCACGUCCUCCGAGACGAGGUCAACUCUCUCCGAAUGCGCGCCGAAGACGCACUGGAACAGAAAUGGCAGUGUGAAAAGGGACUGGCAGGUCUCAAGAUGGACCUGGAUCGCGCUGAACAGGAGACCACCUCGCUGCGGGUGCUGUUGCAAGAACAUGAUAUCUCCCUCCCCGAAGACAUCGAUUCCGAGCGGGCUGGAUUUGCCGAAGUCUUGGCGACAUCUUCAUCGCUGGAAUCCGCAUAUCAGCAGCUCCAAGCUGAUAGGCAAAAUGCUGAGGCUAACGCCGCCCAAUCGCCGCAAGAUGAACUCAAUGCUACAGAGCUGGCGGCUGCGGGCAGUCGCACGGACCUGUUGGCCAACCAUGUGCGACAGCAGCUGGAUACCAACAACUCCCUGCGCAGCCGUUUGGCCGAUGCGAUCGGCAAAGGCGAGAAUGAUCAGCAGCUGUCCGCGGCCCGCAUCAACGUACUGCAGGACCGGCUCAAGCAGAUGGAGGAUAUCCUUGUGAUGGCCCAGCAGUAUUCCGAGGAAGAAAUGGCCAAGCAUGAGGAAGAGAUUAACCGUCUCAAGGAAAGUCACAAUGAUCAACUCAUGCGGAUGAAGAAUGGAUCCCGCAGCCCUGCGGCUCUGUCUCCCAUGCCUCCCACGUCGCCCUUCGGUGUACGAUCUCCGCGUCUCGACAAGACCACCAGCGGUGACGGAAUGCCGCUCACUGACGCCAUUCAGUCUGAGAGCCUCGAGAAGCGGGUGAAGGAGCUGGAGAAGCUCCUCCGCGAUGCUGAUCUGGAGAUGGGAGAAGUGGUUGGACGGAUGAACCGAGCUCAGAUUGAAGUGGCGGAAUUGCAAUCCGACAGAGAUGAAGCACUUCGACAGACCCGGAAACUCCAGGCUGAGAUCCUGGGCGAGCGCGAGGUACUCAAGGCCCUGAUGGGUUAA